GCACUAUGUCCUCCUCCAAAGACUCUAAGCCUCUCCCUCUCGGCAACACUCUGAAAGAUCUUGCAUUACUGCGCAUCUCAGGGGAAAAUCUCUCGUCCCUGGUACCUGUGCCUCAGGACAAAUCAUCAACACCAGAGAAUGCGGAAGUUGAUCGGUCAUUCGAAGAGCGUAGGGGAGCAGGUAGAAGCGGUGCGGACCAAAGUGGAAGAUUUGCAGAAGUCAAUGUUUUGAAGGCCCGUUCGAGCACGAUACAAGAUUGGACCACUGGAGUUCGACGUCGAGGCUAUUCGCCAGCUGGGUUCUUAUCCCCAGGUUCCAUUGAUCCGGAUCUUCGUUGCGAUCGCUGUGAUUUAGCUACCAAGUAGCUACAUACAGCUAGCAGCCUGCACGCAUACACGCAUAUAGUGUCAGAUAACAGUUCAGCCUACUGCCCGUCAAUCAUUCUGUGAAUCAUACACAUGUGCGACGCGUGCUAGGCGAGGGCACAUUCAGCCAUGUUUGGCGCAUAGAUAUCAGAUAUCGCUUCUGCCUUUGGCGAGUUGCAGGGCUCUCGCUAUUACUAUAGGGAACGCGGUGACUAUGCGCCUGUUUUCCAUGCUUGGGUUGCUGCGUAUCGAUAUCUGUGCUUGAAUCGAAGGCGCCACCCAACGCCGCUCAGACAACAAAGGGUUACUAAUAAGUAGACGUUUUGUCAGGAUAAACAACAUAAGCGCGACCGGAUGCACGUGGUACAAAAGGCCACGAACUUUUUUGGCCUCGGACUCGGCAAGGGUUAUCAGCAACCACCACGGACGGUCAUGAGCGAAGGCGUUGUGCAGGCUCUUUUCGCUCUGAGAGUGCUGGGACCGGUCGCCGUCGGCCUCUCUUGGCUCUCGCUACUCUCGGCCACUCCAUCGACUCCCAUCGAGGUCGCAGAAAUCACACGUGUUGUGGUGCCGACUAUCCUCCCCCGUCGCGGGCUCAUCUUGACCCUUCUUUCUCUCUCUGCUCUCUCUUUCCUUGCUCAAGGACUCGUCUUCACCGUCUAUGCUGUUAUCGACAAGACCUGGCCACCAGGGACCGGCAUUGAAUACAAUGCCCUCUUGGGCCUGGUUGCCUUCGCAGGGUUUGCUGUCUUCGGUGCAUGGAGAGAGAUUCGUGGCGUCAGUGUUUGGUCCUCGCGACGGAUCAGAUUUGCGGUGGUCGUUUCCGUGGUCGUUGACCUUGCCAUUGCUCUCUUACUUGGCAAGUCUCUGGGAUUGACCGGACGGUCCCGGAUCCCCAUCAACCAGGAAACUGUUCAAGUCAUCUUCCCCAUCUUGCGUGUCUUUAGUGGCACAGUCCUCGUCUUCGCUCUGUCUUCACCCAGGAUCGUCUACAAGGCUGUUACACAAGACCAGGCUCCAGAGUCUUCGAUUGCCGAGGAAUCCUCCCUUCUUCCUGCUCCAUCCACGGGUCUUUCUCCUGUCUCUGCUGAGGCUGCGAGCAAGUAUGGCACUUUCGGAGUGGCACCCUCUGAGACGAGUUUGAAUCCGACGACUCGGGGUCCUAGUCCGAUGCGGGCCGAUGUUGCCGAUAGCAAGAAACUUGCGUCUUCAGAAGUCUCGCUGGAUCCAUCUUGGAGGGAGAUUUGGCGACGUCUAGCUCGCCUCAGUCCUUACUUGUGGCCAUCGAAGAGCAGGUCGCUGCAGCUCUUGGUUGUACUCUGCAUUGUGAUCGUUCUCGUGGGCCGUGUUGUCAAUGCCAGCAUUCCUUUCGCUCUAGGAGAGAUGGUCAGCAUCUUCGAGGGCCAGUCGAGCCGAUCAAUCUGGCCUGUUCUUCUUGUGUAUGUAGGACUGCGGUUCCUGCAAGGCAGCGGUGGAUUGGCUGCUCUUCGUGACUAUCUUUGGAUGCCUGUUCUCCAAUACUCGGAUCGCGAAAUGUCUCAACUAGCUUUCGACCAUCUUCUCCAGCUUUCCCUCUCAUUCCACACCCAUCGCAAGACAGGCGAGGUCCUUCAGGUUCUCCUGUUCACGAUCGUGCCGACCUUGAUCGAUAUUGCUGUCGCGCUUUUCGUCUUCUGCUUCAAGUUUGAACUGCUGCUUGCGAUUGUCAUCUUUGUGGUGAUGGUGGCUUAUUUCUCGUCGAGCGUCAUCAUCACGCGCUGGCGCACGAAACUGCGGCGAGAAAUGAAUGAACGGGAUAUCGUCACCCGGGGCAUUCACACCGACUGCUUGCUCAACUACGAGACUGUCAAGUACUUCGGGGGCGAAGAACACGAGGGUCGGCGCUACCGCGAGGCUGUCCAGGGCUAUCAGCAGCUUGAAUCGAGAGUCAUCCUCUCUUUGAGUUUCCUGAAUCUCGUGCAGAACCUCAUCAUCAGCAGUGGAUUGCUCGUGUGUUCGUUGAUAGUCGCGUGGCGCGUGACCCAAGGCCAAAUGACCGCCAGCGACUUUGUCGUCUUCAUCACGUAUCUGACCCAGCUGUAUGCCCCCCUUAAUCAGCUGGGAUUCAUGUACAGGACCAUCAAUCAGUCACUCGUGGACACAGAAAAGCUGCUCAAGCUGCUCAACGAACCGACGGAGGUCAACGACAGGCCAAAUGCGACCAAUCUCGUCAUUGACGGCGGAGAGAUCGAAUUCGCGACGCAAGAGAACGUCAACUUCUCGUAUGAUAACAGAACCACGGCUUUGAACGGCGUCUCAUUCAAAGUGCCGAAAGGCUCUUCGGUAGCCCUUGUUGGCGAGUCGGGAGCAGGAAAAUCGACUGUUUUGCGCCUGCUUUACCGUUUCUACGAUCUUCCUGAGGGAGGAGGGAGGAUUCUCAUCGACGGCCAGGACAUUCGCGAGAUCACACAAAAGUCUCUUCGGUCGGCCAUUGGAGUUGUUCCCCAAGACCCUGUUCUGUUCAACUCGAGCAUCGGCUACAACAUUGGCUACGGAAAAUUCGAUUCGACGCCUGAGGAAAUCGAGGAGGCGGCCAAGUCGGCUCAGAUGCACGAGCGCAUUUCGGGCUUCCCCGAUGGCUACGACACCAAGGUUGGCGAACGGGGCGUGCGCUUGAGUGGCGGCGAGAAGCAGAGGGUGGCGAUUGCGCGGACGCUUCUCAAGAACCCUCCGAUCCUCCUUCUCGACGAGGCGACAAGUGCCCUCGACACUUCUACCGAAAAGGACAUCCAGAAAGCACUACACAACCUUGUUCAAGGCCGUUCGUCGCUGUCCAUCGCUCAUCGGCUGUCGACCAUCUCUUCUGCUGACAUCAUCCUGGUUCUCAAGGACGGUCAAAUCGUCGAGCAAGGCAGCCACGCUGAGCUUCUUGGUCUUGGUGGUGUCUUUGCCUCGAUGUGGGCAGACCAGGUGUCCAAAGACCCGGAACUGAAGGACCCAGAACUCAAGGACCCGGAGAUUGCCGACGUCCCUAUUGUUGAACAAGGUUAUUCUGCCGAGCCCGAGAUCUCUCCCGAGGUCGCCGCCGAGGUUCCUGAAGUGACUGCUGAGAUCCCAGCUAUUGGCGAAGAUACUAUCAUCGAGACUCCGGAAGCUGAGCCAGAGAUGCUUCCUCCUGUCGAGGCUGAGCCGGUCGUGGCGCCUGUCGUUUCUCAACCGAUCGCUUUCCCGUCGUCAGAUCCCGAGCCAAUUUCGUUCCCGACAUCAGAAUCUGAAGUCGACGCUCCCCUUUCUUUCCCGGUGUCCGAACCGGUGUCUGAACAAGCUGAAUCAACGCCCUUAAUGUUCCCCACUUCUGAUGAACCAGCGUCCGAGGUCGAGAAAAUGUCCCCCGGUGUUACAUUCGAGCCCGGGCUGACCUCGCCCACAACAUCUCCUGACCCAGAGGCCGAGCCAAAGCGGAAACGGAUCUCAUCUCAGAAUUUCCAACGCAUUGCGCGUCGGAUUUCUUUGACCACUCGUCGACAAGGAUCUACCUCCGGCAUCGCUUCCAUCAUCCCCGGCCUUCGGCGUGACAAGAGUGACAAGGCUGUGCCCACUGAAACGGGCAGCCUCCGCGGCGAGACCAUCGGCAGGGACUCUACAGACAGUCCAACCCCAAGUCUUUCUAGUGACAAGGGCAAGGCCUCGACCAAGACUCUCAAGAAGGACAAACGGAAGAGCACACUGAGCUAAGCGCUCAUUCACGUGACCCUCCUCAUUAACGAAAAUUUGACGACUAUAUGCAUGCUUUUCAUGACUCACCUCGCAUACUUCUACUUC